AGAAGCAUUGAAUCUCCAUUAAUGGCGUGCAGGUUGCUCGUGCUCUCAGGUUUCGCCAUUGUUGGCCUUCUGGUCUUGGCCUGCGAGGCCACCACAUACACUGUCGGUGACUUGGCUGGCUGGGACACAAGCGCAGAUCUCUACUCAUGGCCAGAAAACAAGCAUUUCCACGUCGGUGAUUCUUUAUUGUUUCAAUAUUCUCAGUACCACUCCGUCAACCAAGUAGACGAAAAUGGCUACCGAAACUGCAACGCUUCAAACGCUAUACUGAGGAGCUCUAAUGGCAACACUUCCGUUCGUCUCACCACCCCCGGAGAGAAGUAUUUCAUAUGCGGAGUUCUCUCUCACUGCUUAGGAGGAAUGAAUCUUCAAAUCAACGUUUUGCAAAAGAAAAACGCAGCUCCGCCGCCGUCUCCGCCGGCGAGGCUCUCUCCGCCGGCGAGGCUCUCUCCGCCGGCGAGGCCCUCUCCGCCGGCGAGGCUCUCUCCACCGGCUACUUCAAGUCAGCCCCAAAGUCCGGGAUUGGCGUACCUCGACCAAGGUUUGCUUCCCUUUGGGAAUGGCUCUGUGCGUGGAUUAAAAAUGUGGCAUUUGAUUUUGGUUUUCGGUUGCUGUAUUGGAGGUUUUGUUUUGGUUUCAUUUUGAUGGUUUGAAUAAAUUGUGGAUGUUUUUAAACCAUGCAUCUUCUUGAUUUUUUUUUUUUUUUAUGCAAAAUUAUUUUUUUGGAUUAGAUUUAAGGGAUGUUUGUAACUCAUGCUCAAAAUGACUUGUAAUUUUUUUUUUUCAAGUUAAAUUUAU